CUGCGAGUGUGACAACUGAUCGUUAUGGAAAGAUAUUCAGUGGUGCCUUUUGUUUUGUUUGAGGUUUUUGGGACUGAUUUCCAGUUGUAGAUCAAGUCGUGUUAUUAUCGCCAAGACUAACACACGUAAAUGGAGGAUCAAGUCGAGGUUGCAGCAUGAAACAUAGAUCCACGGCUUUUACAUGGUGAACAGGGCACCAGUUUUCUGACAGCAUGGACGGAGGAUGGUUUAUUGGACAAGAGAAGAUUUUGCCCACAACAUCUGAACAGGAGACACAUUUUUCUAGCUCCUGUAGAUUAUUUUCAAAGCCCUGUGUGACCAUCAAACUGAACGACAUGCUACGGCAAGUGAAAAGUGAUGUGGAGAAGAGGCCUAUUCCCAUCCGCCCACCAGGAUCCAAAGUGUCAACGACAAGCGGUCGUAACCUCCACAAUCCCUCAUGUGAACCCAUACCAAAAUCCAUCAUCCGACAACGCUCACAGUCUCUACCCCCUACCACAGAAAAGAGGAGGAAAUGCAGACAUGUUGGUGUACGAUUUAUUGAUUCCCUGGGUCUUGACCUGGAAGAUAUCAAACUUUUUAAAUCUGGAGAUGAACCAUCCAUACCACAUCAUGUCAGCUUUAGAUUGCUGAUGGCUGCAGAGUUGGCAGAUGGAAACCAUUUGGAGAUAUCCUUGCCCUACUUAAAACCACUUUUCGACCAAGAAACUGGCAAUCAUCCAGGAUUUUUGCAUCGGCUCUUCAAGCACAAAGUGUGUCUUGAGAGAGUUCUGUGUUUUGAAUUUGGUGUAAUCGGAAUCGCUCAGGUGCUCAAUCUAGAUUUUGAGAAAGAUGUAGCAGCUCGCUAUUCAUUUACAGAGUGGAAGACCUGCACAGAAACCAAGGCCUCAUGGGUCUCUACCAGCUCCAAGAUCUGUGAAGGAGGAGGUCAACUCACUUGUGAUAUGUUCCGUUUCCAUCUGCCUGUUCCUCCAUUCCUGCAGCCUGGGGCAGUGUUAGAAUUUGCCAUCAAGUACAAAGUUUGUGGAGCUGAAUACUGGGACAAUAAUGAAGGUGAAAAUUACAAGUUAGUUUGCCAUAACUACAAGCACAGUGUGCCCAAAGAAUGUGAGGAUAGCAUGGUUCACUUUUUUUAGGAUGCUGCCUGAAGACAUUAAAAAAACUUAAAAGCACACUUCUUGAAAAUGGCACAAAUGGGAAAAUGGACACAGGAGAAAUUAACGCUGAUGUAAAUGCAUUUAUAUCUGUCUGCAGCGUCGAGUUUAACUUUUGUGUCUUUUCAUAUUUCCACAUUUGAUUUGCACAAGAAAGCACUUCUAUGUUUCGACUUGCAUUUGAAACAAGGCUCACAAAAUGUCCUGUAAUUUACUGUAUAUACAGUAUUUACUGACACACUUUUCUUCCCAGCCAUGUAUUUCAAUAAAAAAAAAAAACAGUCUCCAUAGAAUAGCGUAUGAGCCACAAAU